AUGAAUACGUUUCAUGAAUAUUAAUUAUAAGUGCCUGCAAUUAAACAACUUGAAAAAAUCAAUGAAUAAUAAAAUAUAGAAGGGAAUCUGACAUUAAGUAGAGAGAGAUUUAAUUAAAAAUAAAAGAAAUUAGUAUUUGAUAUCAUUUCUCUUAGUAAAUUAAUACAAGUAGAUUAAUACCUAUUGCCAAUGAAAAAUUACCCAGAUUAUCUUAAAGCAAAUCACCCAUCUAAUUAUAAAAAACAUUAAGAGCAACAACAGAGUAUUAAGGAUCAUCAAAAUAAUAAUCAAUUAAGUUUUUUAAAACUAAUACAAAUACAGAGAAUGAUGCAAACAUUUAUACUGAUGAUGAAAGAGCAAAACUUAAAUUUAAAAGAGAUGAAAAAAAACCAAAAACCACUAAUUAUAAAGCAGGUCUAUAUGAAAAUACUUAAAAUAAAAAAUUUGCUGAAUUUGCAGAAUAGAUUAGAAAACUCAAAGAUUAAUUAGAUUCAUUAUAAGUAAAUUUAUAUUUAUUACUAAAAGAAAUAUUUGAAUAAUUCAAGAAAACUAUUUUUAGUAGUUAGAAAUAUUGUUGAAAAAAGAAAAAACCUUAGAAAAAUUCUAUUAAAGAAUGGUAAAGAUGAACUUGUAGAAUUAUCUGAUAUUGAAAAAUUAUGUAGUGUUAAAGAAUUUGUUAAUAUUAAUGGAGAAUAAAAAUUAAUUGAUAAAUUGAAUAUCUCUUUAUUAGAUGAUAUUAUAUAUGCUAAUGAAGUCUUAGAGAAUUUAAAAAUUUAAAAUGAAAUUCUAGAUAUUAAAGAAAUGGCUGAUUAAGUAUAUUUUAAUAAAAAUUAUGAUUAUAAUAGAAAAAAAUUAAAUUAACAGGUUGAAUAAAAUUUUAAAAAUCAAUUAAGAAGAAGAUUUGAAGUUAUCUUUCACAUCUAUUGCUAUGUCAAGGUAUAAUUUACAUGA